CCCUCCCCCUACUUGAUUAGUGUCCCAGUACAAUUUCAUUUUAAUAUCUCAGCUUCCAUGGACUGAUACCAGCAUUUUUGGAAAUCACUGCUUGGAGAAAACCCCUCUCAUUUUUUAUCUUUCUUUCUCUAAUCUUCUUUCAUUCAACACUUGAAUGGAAAAAUCUGUGAUGCCUGAGGCUUCCGGGCCCCUGGCAAGCAAUGAGCAGAUCACCGAGGCAACAGCACCUAGAUCUAAACUGCUCCAUUUUAACUGGGUUCCUCUGGCCUACAGAGAAGAGCUCUACCACGUCCUAUGUCUGACUGGGCCUCUGCUCAUCUCCAGGAUCCUUAACUUUCUUCUGCCAUUUGUCAUCACAAUAUUCUGUGGUCAUCUGGGAAAUGCUGAACUGGCUGGAUAUGCCCUGGCCUCUGCGACUAUUAACGUGUCCACAACAGCCACCGGAUGUGGCCUGGCUCUCGCCUGUGACACACUUGUCUCUCAGACAUUUGGCAGUAAGAACCUGAAGCGAGUCGGGGAGAUUCUCCAGAGAAGUGUACUGAUCUUGUUACUCUUCUGCCUGCCAUGCUGGGCCAUACUCAUCAAUGCAGAGUCAAUACUCCUAUCUUUGAGGCAGGAACCAGAGGUGGCCAGGAUUGCACAGCUGUAUGUUAUGGCUUACCUCCCUGCAGUUCCUGCCAUGUUUCUGCACCAUCUCCAGGUGUCUUAUCUGCAAAACCAGGGCAUCAUCCUUCCUCAGAUGUACACUGCGGUUGCUGCCAACAUUUUUAAUGUAGCCACAAACUACAUCCUCCUUCACGUGAUGAACAUGGGAGUGACGGGCUCUGCUGCAGCUAACAGCAUCUCACAGAUCACCAUCUGCCUCCUGCUGUUUGGCUACAUUCGCUGGAAAAAGCUACAUGUGAAGACAUGGGAUGGCUGGUCUAUUGCAUCACUGCAGGAGUGGGGCUCCUACAUGAAACUGGCGAUUCCCAGCACGCUCAUGCUGUGUUUUGAAUGGUGGAUCUAUGAGAUUGGAGGUUUCCUUGCAGGCAUGCUGGGAGAGGUGGACCUUGCUGCCCAACACGUGCUGCUAGAGAUGGGGGCCAUUACUUAUAUGUUCCCAUUGGGUGUGCAUGCAGCUGCAUGUGUGCGUGUGGGCAAUGCGCUGGGGGCAGGAGACACAAACAGGGCCUUGAUCACCAGCAAAAUGACUCUUAUGAUAUCAGGAGUUUUGGCUGUUUUACAGGGAAUCGUGCUGGGCUCUACUAAGUCUGUGGUGGGUUACAUCUUCACCUCUGAUGAGAGCAUAGUGGAGAUUGUCUCCGAAAAUCUCACCCUCUACGUCUUCCUGCAGUUUUUUGAUGCCCUUGUGUGUGUGUGUUCAGGGAUUCUUCUGGGUGCUGGGAAGCAGAAGAUAGCAGCCUUGUCCAACUUGAUCUGUUAUUACUGCAUUGGGUUACCAGUAGGAAUAUCACUGAUGUUUAUUGCUGAGCUCAGGAUACUUGGUCUGUGGCUUGGCCUCUUGAUUUGUGUCAUCAUUCAGACCUGUUUCUUCACCACUCUCAUUUUCAAGCUCGAUUGGAAGAAAGUGACAGAGCAGGCCCAGAAGCGUGCAGGCAAAAAUGCAAAGGUGUUGUGUGUGCUACAGAAGACAUCAAUCGGACAGUCAGUCCUUGAUACUUUGGUUUCUGAAGGACAGGAGAACACCGAGCAAACACCUGAUGCUGGAGCUUCUGCAAGUAUUCCUGAACCUUGGGAUGAUAUCACUGGCAACAAAGCCCAGCUAACAAGUAAUGGCUCUGAUGUGGCCGGCUAUGUCCAAGUGAGUUCCCAAGAGCAGGGAAAAGCUGAAAGUGGAGAAGCUCAACCUAAAGCCUGGCUCUCUAUGGGCCAGCUUGUGCUGAGAAGGGGCCUCAUUCUUUUGGCUGGCAUCCUGAUCCUGAUAGCUGGAGUUGCUGUUCACAUAGCCUGUCCUCUUCCACAGCCUUUCAUUCCAUUUCAGAGCAACCAGACAAUGGAAUGGAGGAAUUUCUCCAUCCAUGAAACCUUCCUGAAUUCUACAGCAAGCUAAUUCCUUCUUUAAGGAAUAGUUCAGCAAUAAAAUACAAAUUCUGCCAUUAUUUACUCACCUUCAUGUCAUCCCAAUGUGAUUAUGACUUCAUUUCUUCGGUGGAACACAAAAGGAAAUGUUUGAAGUAUAUCCUGGCCACUCUCAAAAACGCAUCAUAAAAGUGGUCAAUAUGUUUCAUCCCAUGCACUAUUUUCCAAUUCUGAAGCCAGAUGCAUCUAUUUAUGCAAGGAACAGUGUCAUUAUUCUCUGAAAAUCUUAACAUCUGAAUGAUUUGUUUGCAAAUCAUACUGAUUUGGUUCUUAAAUUCAACUUGCUACUAACUAAAUAUACUGGUCACACUGGUUAACAGCUCUAUGGAGGGCAAAAUUAUCAGUGAAUAAAGACUUAAAUGUAUGUCUGUUCCACACAAAAAAGCUAUCAUAAGCAAUACAGGUUUGGAAUGACAUGAGGUUGAGAAAUUGACAGAAUAGUCCAUUUUGGAUUAACUAUUCCUUUAUAUAUAUAAAACAAUGUUUUUAUAUAAAAGUUUAAAAUGAUAUAGGCUAUUAUAGAACAUAUUAAACAUACUAUUGAAAUGCUUCCACAACUGUAGUUUUGCCAAAUUAUAAUGACAGUCAUAACAUUUUUCUUCAUUUACUUUCCGUAUGAUACAUGCAGACAGUUUUGUGUAAACAUGUAUAUUGUUCUAUUGUACCUUUCUACUAUCAAAUCAUACUGGAUGGAUAUCUGAUUUGUAUUUCAAAACUGUCAUUCUUCAAUUGUAAUUAAUUCACUAAAUACACACUAAUGCAUUUUUUUCUCUCCUUAAUAUGAUCAUAAAGUGCACGGUAGAGUUCACUUUGGCAAAUCAGUUAUUUACUAUGUAAAUCAUUCACUAUAACACAAGUCCAUUUAAAAUGUAUGGAGGUCGGUUUCCGCCACAGUUGAAUAAAAAAUGGGAUUCCUUUAGUCAGAAUAAUUAGAUAUCAAGUCAUAAUUAUGAGAUAGUAUCUCAAAUAAAUGAAAAACUUUCUCAUAAUAUUGACUAAGAAUAAUAAUAAUGACUUUGAAUGUCAAAAUAAUGACCUAAUAUCUCAUAAUUAUGACUUAGUGUCUCAUAAUAAUGAGAAAAUAUCUCAUAAUAAUGAUGUGAAUUCCUCCUCUCUCUCUCUCUCUCUCUCUCUCUCUGUUUGUAUUUGUCUUUGUGCUUUGUUGUCACCUCCAUGUGUCUGUUCUUUUUGACAGGUGCCAUGUGCUGACCAUGUUCUGCUAGCCAAUUGGCUAAUUCAUUUUUCAUCAUGGCUGCUCAUUGUGAUUGGCACCUGUUCCUCAUUCCCCACUGAUCUCCUUCCCCUAUUUAUUCCCCUCUAUAUGCUUUCUUGUGCCAGAUUGUUUUUGUGUUAUUGCCAUUCAGUCCAGACUUUAUUUCUAGUCGUUUUUGGUCUCAGUUUGUCUGUUUAGCCUGCCCGGUUUCAACUCCUGCCUGCGAUCAGACUUCGACUCUCUGCCUUGCGCUAGAAACUUUUUGGACUGUUUAUACCCUGGUUCUGACCUCUGCUUGUCUCACGGUUCUCUCUUUACCUCAGCCCAUUUGGAUUUUUCUCUGCCUUGCCCUUUGGAUUGUUGCUGAUCUCUCUACUGGGGUGAUAUCUCCUCCGUUUGGUAUUAUAGCUUGUUUUUGUUGUUGUUAUUUUUCAAAUAAAGAACUGUCUUUAUCACAGCUCUUAAGUCCUUGGAGUAUUUCCUGACGCAUAAUGAACAUUUCUCAUUAUGACAUGCCAAGUCAUUAUUAUGAUACACUAUCUCAUAAUAAUAACUUUCUCGUAAUAAUCUAAUAAAUAAUAUAAAGGAAGUGGCUGCUUCCAAAACUUAACUUGCGUCUGUGACAAUUCUUCCAGAAUCCCAUUAUCUCCACCUUUAUAUUUUAUAGUAUAUAAAUCUUUUUUAUCUCAAAAGUCUGUUUAUUUGCAUUAUUCAUAUUAUACAGGGGAGAAAAAACUCAAGCCCUGUCCCGUGCUCGAGGGCAUGCAUGUUCUAGACAGCACAGCCAAUCUGUUUACCUCAAUACACUCCAACUUAACCUGGGAACUUGUGAAAUGAGUUGGGACAGAGAACAGAAAAACACUUUUUCUAUACUUUCUGGUACAAACUUGAUUUAAAAAAAUGGAACACUGUUUGGAUCAACCAUAUGAUUUAGAUAAUCUAAGAUUAAGAUAACUAUUAUAGCAAGACACAAGUGUCAAGAUCAUUAGAGUGUUAUUCAGGAAUUGCACUUGUUGCACUGUUUGUUUAGUGCUGUAAAUGUGUGUUUGAUUUAUUAAAAAGAACCAUUUAGUAUAAAUUGUUUUUUGUUUUAGUUUUGAAUUAACCACUCUUAUGAGCUGGACACAUGUUGUGGCGCCUGUGAAGAAACAUGAAUGCCACAAGUUUAACCUGUUUUGUGUUGGCUAUUUUUGAGCAAAGAUAUUAUCCACUAGAGAGGUACUAUCAUCUGCCAAUGUUUAAUUAGCUCCCUUUGACAGAAUGGCUGUAUUUUAUUUAUGUGUGUCUUAGUGCCUUCUGUUAAACAAUGUGCAUGUCAUUACCAUAAAUGUAUGGCCUGAGACUGCUUAGCUGAUUCGACAAACUACAGUGGGAGAGACAGACUGGAAUAUAUGAAAUAUAGAUGACACUAUAACUCUAUAUUUGUGUUUAAGUCUUUAUUAUGAGAUAAUCAAGUAUUGUUAUGAGAUACUAAAUAAUUAUGAGAUAGUAAGUCAUUAUUUUGAGAUAAGUCAUUAAUAUGAAAUAUAAAGUUCAUUAUAAUGAGAUUUGUCAUUAUGUCAGAGUUCUACCUUUAGUUUUGGUUUUUUUCCCCUUUGUGGCAGAGCCCUGACAUGUACGUUUUCCAUGUCUGUUUUAUGUCAUGUGUCAGGAUUCAGCCACUUCGGUUGGUUUGGUUUAUUUACUCUGUGGCUGAGGCCAGACAUUUAUGUUUUGUCUUGUGUUAUGUGAAUGCACCUGGUUUAGUAUUUUCUCAUUUCUUUGUGCAUUUGUGUCUUGUCUUCAGUGAUAACCCCUCCCUCUCAUUUGCCUUGUUCGAUUAUUAGUUUAUUAUUUUCACCUGCCUUCCUUAUUUCCCUCCUGAUUUCUCUCCCUUUAUUAUCUCCGUUUGUGCUCUGUCUGGUGCCAGUUUGUUCUAUGUUGCUUGUUUUUAUGUCCCCUUUUAGGUCUCUGUUGGUCACGUUCCUGUCCAGUCAGAUUUUUAUAUAUUUUUUAUAAAUAAAAUCCCUAAUCGCUACUCUGCAUUUGAGUCUUGCCUUUUCCUCAACCAAAACCUGACAGAACGAACUGGCCAUUUUUGGACUCAGCAGAUCUCUCACCCCUCGGUGGUCAAUUAAAG